CCUAAAAACUGAAGAGACCGGAAAGGGAGGAUGCUGAGGAGGAAGCCCAGCAGAGUCGAAGUGAAAGAGGAGGACAGAGAAGAACUCGAAGAAGCGCUUCGCCGACGCUCCUCCAAUCCCCACCCUAACCCUAACCCUAACCCUAACCCUAAUCCCCUCCUCAAGUACCUCGUCCCCUCCCCUCUCGACCCCGCCGCUAAAGCCGAGCGCAUCGGCCUCAACCAGCCCUAGGCCGAUGGAGAUCGAGGUGAAGCUCCGUCUCCCCGACGCCGCCGCCCACCGUCGCCUCUCGGACGCCCUCGCCCCCCACCACCUCCGCACCCACCUCCAGGAGAACCUCUUCUUCGACGGCGCCGCCGGGGAGCUCUCCUCCCGCUUCGCCGUCUUACGCAUCCGCUUCUACGACGCCGACGCCCGCUGCGUCGUCUCCCUCAAGGCCAAGGCCCGCCUGGUCGGCGGCGUCAGCCGCGUCGAGGAGGACGAGGAGGACAUCGACCCGUCCCUCGGCCGUGCCUGCGCCGCCGAGCCGUGGCGGAUAGCCGACGCGGCCGGGUCCUCUCGGAUCAUGAAAAGGGUGCUCGAGGAGUUCGGGUUGGACGGAAAGGUCGCAUCUUUCGUGUGCUUGGGUGGCUUCCGGAACGUUAGGGCAGUCUAUGGGUGGAACGAGGGAUUGACGCUUGAGCUCGAUGAGACACAAUACGAUUUCGGAACUAGUUUCGAGCUGGAAUGCGAGACGACCGACCCGGAGAGAGCCAAGGAGUUGCUGGAGCGGUUCCUGAAGGAGAAUGGAAUACCCUACUCGUACUCGGAGGCAUCUAAGUUCGCAGUUUUCCGUGCAGGAAAGCUUCUGCCGUGAGUGAGUUCUUCUUUCUUCUUUCCAAGUAUUUGGAUCUAUCAACUCCAUAAAACUGAGUUAGAUUGUUUGUUCUGUUGAAUUCAAUCAAACAAUUAUAUAUGAAUAUGAUUGUGCUCUGUUGUCGUCUUGAUCUCA